CUCCGUUCUCUACCUGACAGCUCAUCGGAAGACAUGCACACAACCGAUCCCCGGGCUUCCCGCGAGUAGAGCUAAAGGGCCGCUCUAGCGGGUCUGUGUACCGGGAGUCCUGGGCUGGACACUGAGCCGCUUCCCACUCCGCACUGCACGGCACGGCACGGCACGGAGGCAUGGCGCGCUCCUGAUCCCGGCAGGACGCCCGGAGAGCUCGGCCGUUCUUCCUUCCGUCACAUCUUGGAUCUCUUUCGAUACUGAGAGGCCUGACCAUGUCUGCGAGAGAGAAGGGGAUCCCGACCAAAGACAGCGUCAGCCUGCUGCCCUGUUUCUAUUUUGUAGAGCUGCCGAUCCUGGUAUCGUCUGUGGUCAGUCUGUACUUCCUGGAGUGGACGGAUGUGUUCAAGCCGGUGAAGUCUGGCUUCAACUGCCAUGACCGCAGCCUGAGCCUUCCCUACAUCGACCCCAACCGCGAGGUCAUCCCCCUCCUGAUGCUGCUCAGCCUGGCCUUCGCCGGACCCGCCAUCACGAUAAUGAUUGGAGAGGCCAUCUUGUUCUGCUGUCUGUCUCGGAGGAAGAGUGGCGGCGGGGUCGAGGCCAACAUCAAUGCCGCCGGCUGCAACUUCAACUCCUUCAUUCGCAGAUCUGUUCGCUUCGUUGGCGUUCAUGCUUUCGGUCUUUGCGCCACGGCCCUCAUCACUGACAUCCUCCAACUGAUGACGGGCUACCCGACACCCUACUUCCUCACCGUGUGUAAACCCAACUACACCACGCUCAACGUCAGCUGUGAGCAGAACCCCUACAUCCUGGAGGACAUCUGCUCGGGGGCCGACCCCGCAGCCAUCAUCCAGGGCAGAAAAUCCUUCCCUUCGCAGCACGCUACCCUCGCAUCCUUUGCCGCUGUCUAUGUUUCGAUGUACUUCAACAGCACUUUGACAGACUCAUCCAAGCUGCUCAAGCCCCUACUGGUCUUCUCCUUCAUUAUCUGUGCCAUCAUUUGUGGUCUGACCCGCAUUAUUCAGUACAAGAACCACGCCAUCGACGUCUACCUGGGCUUCCUGCUGGGAGGAGCCAUUGCUGUCUACCUGGGGUUGUAUGCAGUCGGAAACUUUCAGUCUAGUGAGGAGACCAGUGCUAGUCCCCCUCCGAUGCUACACCGCCCCCCCUGCUCCUUGCCCCACAUCAGCCAGGAGGCCGUACUCCACCACCUUCAAAUGAAAGCCAGCAUGGCAGGGGAGCCCGGCAUGCCCACCUCCCACUCUGAGGGCCUCCUCCACCGAGGCCUUCCACUGCAGAGGCCUGACGACUGUCUGCAGCGAUCCAGUGCAGAUGUGGAAGUGAUCUCCCCCCGCAGCCCCCACAGCAAAGACGCCAUGGCGACCUUCAGCCACACGCUUCCUCGGGUCCACACCCCCCAGGCCAUGGCAGCGUACGAGGAAGCAGCCAGACGUCACGCUGCAACCCUCCACCAUGCCUCCAUGGACUCCAGCCGCUCGAAGCAGCUUCUGUCUCAAUGGAAAAGUAAGAACAACAACCACAAAUGCUCCCUGCAGAUCCCAGACUCCUUCUCGUCCUCCGUGGACUCGUCAUCAGGCCAGUCCUCGCAGCAUCCUCGCCACCACGGCAGCAUGGAGCUCCGAUCCAGCUCCGAGCCAUCGGCUAUGGGCCUGAACGGAGGCUUCGAUGCUCAUGCGUACAUGUCCAAACUGGCCACAGGCACCAGCACCACCCUGCCCAGCAACUGCAGCGGCAUCACCGGAGGUGCCAGGAUAUCCAUGCAGUCCAGACCUGGGUCUUCACAGCUCGUUCACAUACCAGAGGAAGCCCAUGAAAAUUACAACCCCACCUCCCCGAGGACGGGGGGAGAAGGGGGGAGUGAGGGGAUGUCGACAAUAAAUAGCACAGUUCAGGCAAACUGGCAACGGGCGGCAGAGAAGACCGCAGCCUGCAAGACUAACGAUAGUGGGCACAACAGCCAGCCGCGACUCAUGCAAGUCAUUGCUCUUUCCAAGCAGCAGGGCCUGCUGCAGACCCAUUCCAAGAGCUUAGACGAGGGCAGCGUGGGCUGCAGCGCCAUCGGGAGCUGCCAGGGCUCUGCUCGCUACAGGGCACUAACUGACCAAGACCCCACCAGCACCACGGGGCCGAGCUCGUUGGGCAGCACCACAGGCAGUAUUUCAGGGAGUACCGGAGCAAUUGUCAGAGUAGAGGCCCACCCUGAAAACAACAGGCCGGUGAUCCAAGCGCCGUCCAAAGAUGGGAGCGGAUCAUGGAGGUGGCGUUCCCUGGACCAUGGCACUGGGGCUGAUGGUGGUACAGGGACCAGUGGAACAGGAGGAGGAGUUGGGAGUUUGAAGCAGUCCUUCGAGCUCAACGAUCUAAACCGAGACUCGGAAAGCCCAGACUCGAUACGUGAAGGGUCCAUUGACAGGAAGCGAGGCAAUCACAUCGUUACCACCACCGCCACCGUUAGCACCCCGCCCAUAGUGACUGUUCACACCCAGAACAAUGGCCAGUCGGAGCACAGGCUCCACCCCCAGGGGCUUUCCACCAUAAGGGUCACUCCGGGGGAUGGUGGUGGUUCUGGAUCUGGAGGAGGCGGUGGCGGAGGUGGAGAGAGCGCUUCAGAAACCCCCUCCGUCGCUUCCAGUCGGGAGUCCACGCUGCGGAGAAAAGGCAAUAGUAUCAUUCUGAUUCCAGAGCGAGCCAACAGCCCAGAUAACGCCCGCAACAUUUUCUACAAAGGAACAUCCAUAACUCCUGUUUUCAAGGACUAACGUACGGAAUGACUGGAAACUUUGGAGAAGAUGGAGCUAAUAAUGCAAGACAGCUGGAUUUUUCAGAGAACCCCAUAUCAUAAGUCAGUAUUACCUGCCACUGUAUAUAUCAUAAUAACUCCAAAAGAAAAAGGUUUUAUUCAGCAUGAGAUUUUUGUACGUGUUAACACUAAAUCACAACCUUUUAAGUGUUGUAGAAAUAAUCACUGUGUACUUUUGUGGUCACUCCUUAAGAAACCUAUUGUAAUGUCCAUGAUGUGCCAGUGCUUUGCGGACAGGAGAACCUUUUAUAAACAGUUCUGUAUGUUUUGGAUAUAAAUCAUCAGAAAAAAAGAAAGUAGCACAGUAACUGUAGCAAACUACAGCAAAAUAAGUGUAUCAUAGCUGUGGAGCCAGUGUUUACUCCCAUGCACUGAAAAUACUGUGUAUGUUUGAAAAGGGUGCUACACCUGAAAAUACUAUUUACUAUACAACAUACGGUAUCAUUUGAAUAGAUAAAGAAUUAAUUAUUUUAGAGUAAGCAACAAGGACAUUCAUAUGUGACAGAGAUAUGUUUUGUAUUUUGUCUCUUUUCUGUACAGAUACAUACUCAACAGAAUACUGUUUGGAACCAUAAGUGUGCUUAGCAUUCCUUCUGUAGCGAUGAAGUCAAAUAUGCUGUGACUUGCACUGAAAUAUGCGUUUACUGUACCUUGUAAAGUGUGAACCCUGACCUUAUCUUUAUAUCCUGUACUUAUAUGUGGAUGUCCAUGCCAAUCCCAUAUCUACAGCACAAAAAAACAGCAAAACAGUGGAAUAUUGUGCUUAUUUAGACCGUAAGAUAAAAAGUACAUUUCCAAAACUCAAUGCAAUAGUCGACCUAAAGUCACCCAACUGAAUUUGGCAGGUUUCAAUCUGCUUAAAAGCGCUUUCUUUGUAGCUACCAAGUGAACAUUUUGAGAAAUACACUUGCUGCUGUCAAAGCCACAACCAAAUGCUAACAUCAACAGAGUCACAAAGUGGGUUUAGGGUUAGGGGGUGGUUUAGGGUUGGGGGGGGGUUAGGGUUGGGGGUUCUGAAAUAAAAAUUUACAGUUUGAGCACUUCUAGGGCUUGUAUGGGCAUGGAACUCUCCCAGUUGAGUCACAAAUAAGAGAACUGCCAUAUCAAACCAAAAGAUGAUUAAGAUGGCAAGCAAACAUAUUUCCCAAAAUGUUGCCAUGUUUCCUAAACCAUAUUUUUCUCAGAAAAACUUUAAAUCAUUUUAGAUCUUUGUUUUUUAUAAGCAGAACGCUCUGUAAAGCACUGUGCUCGCCAUCAAAAAUCAAACUUGAUUUGUUGUACAGGUACUACAUGUAGCAUUUUUCAACAAUAUACAAUAUUACUGUUGAAUUGUAAUACCUCAGUGUGACUCUCAUCAUCAAAUGAAAACCUUUUUGGGAUCUUUGGCUUUGCUGCCCAGGAUAAACAUGUAACAGGUGAUUUUUGCUGGGUUUAGCACUUCCUCCACCAUCUGCCGUGCGCGCUGGUAAGACAGCAGCUCCUUCCAUUUCCCUUUGUGCCAUAAAGCAACCAGCAGAUUUUCUAACGAAUCCAACCCAGAGUAUCAAAUGUAGAGGCCAGUAGAGGCUGCCAGCUCUCUGAGAAACCGUUUGGUUUCUUUAUGCUGAUAGUAGUCUCACAUGAAUAUGUUUUAAUUUUUUACAUUAAUACUAAGUACAAACAGGAUAGUGACUGUUGUUUACAGUGGUUUACAUUAGAGUGCAUAUCAUUAAUUAGUAUCUCAGUGGUUAAAUGAACACCGCUGGAUAUAAAUUAAAUUUGAUACUAAUAGUGUUGGCACCAAUCGUGCCAUGAAAAUGUAUUGCCAGAGUGACUAUAUGAGAACAUUUGCCAAAGCUAGAAUUUUUCAUUGAAAAAAGAAUAUAAAUCAUCAGAUGUAAUUUUCAGUAUUUGUAUAGCACGCCUGCAUUAUAAUGUACAUGGUUUAUUCUAUAGCCCAGUUUGCAUGGUCACUUUUCUAUACGGCAUAUCACAAUAUUUUUUAUCAGAAAUGUGCUAAAGAAUUCAACAAAAAAUGAAUUUCCAGAUGUUUAAGAGUAUGUUCUUAAUUUCUGUGUUUCAUAGAAAGUUAUAUGACAAUCUUUUUUUUUUUUUUUUUUAUCUAAGUACUGUUGCCCCUUCAGGUCAAUAAUACAGGCUGGUUUUCUUUUUUUUUUCUUAUUUUCCUUAAAUGAAGCUCACUGGAACAUUUGAAUUUGAAAUGUGUACAUAGUUUAACAAAAGAAAAUUGUUAAAGUGUUGAAUCAACUCAAAAUGAGUAUUUGUUUUCAAAGUAAUCCAGGUGGAUUGAGUAUUUUAAAUAUAUUCUUUUGUCUUUUUUAAAAUGUCAAGCUGAUUUGGUUUUAAUCUUCACCUCGGAAUCAUUUCGUGUACACACUGUCAUCACAAUAAUGAGGUCUAUACCUAAUGUCUGUACAUACAGUAGGCACAGCUCAUUACCACAGGCUGGUUCUCUUUUUUUGCUUAAAUAAAGCCGCCACUCCCUCACUACUGUAGCUAGGGCUGAGCGAUAUGGCCAGAGUCUUCUAUCCCCAUAUAGAUCAUUUCAUAUCU